UCGCUUGUACUGUACAGUGUGUUUUUAGCGAUGCUGCGCGCGUAGCGUUCGACGCGAUACUCCUCCGCAAACAGGUCUAUGAAGUGCUCUGCAACUUUGAAAAUGUCUUAAAGCAGGCCAAUAGAUGACUACAGCCAGUUACGAGGUAGAAUUUAGGCGUAAUAGAAUUACUAGAGUUGACUUAGCAGCUUUACUUUCCUCAACACAACCAUUAUGUUGCCUUGGAAGAAGAACAAGUUCGAGCUGAUCGAGGAAGACAAGCAGCAGUCCAAGCAGAAGGGCUAUGCCGUGAGCCUCAACUACUCCGCGCUCACCUCCUUCGCCAAAUCUUGCCCAGAAAGCGCGCUCAACAGAGUCGGGAGUAUGUUCAAAUCCAAGAGGAAAAAGGUGAAGAUCACCAGCGUGGACCCUACGUACACAGUCCUGUACCUGGGCAAUGCCACCACCAUCCAGUCCAAGGGGGAAGGAUGCACAGACGUGGCCGUCAGUAAGAUCUGGGGCAAGAGCGAGAUGGGCAAGAAAGGCACCAAAAUGAAGCUGACCAUCAGCUCGCAGGGCAUCCGCAUGGUCCAUGUCGACGAAAAGGCGAAGAGACCAGGACACCUGUAUUUAUUGCACAGGAUCACCUACUGUGUCGCAGACCCGCGGCUCCCCAAGAUCUUCGCCUGGGUCUACCGGCACGAGAUGAAGCACAAGGCGGUGAUGCUGCGCUGCCACGCCGUGCUGGUGUCCAAGCCGGAGAAGGCGAAGGCCAUGGCGCUGCUCCUCUACCAGACCUCCGCGACAGCGCUGGCCGAGUUUAAACGACUCAAAAGAAGGGACGAUGCCAGGCACCAACAACAGCAGUUGAUUGGCGAGCAAACGAUUCCCCUGGUGCCCCUGAGGAAGCUGCUAAACGGACAGUGUUACUACAAGCCCCCGGUGGAGCGCAGCAGGAGCGCACCCAAACUGGGCUCCAUCACGGAGGACCUGAUCGGUGAGGAGGAGGAGGAGAAAGCCAUGCACUUUGAGUGCGAGGAUAUUCUGGACACAGUCAGUGACUGUGUGGCCAACGGCAAGCAAGAACUGUGCCAGAUUAUCAAUGACUUGGGCUCCAUGAGUAUAGGGAACGACGUGCAGAUGCUAAAAGCCGAUCUGAGGGUGACUCGCCUGCUGUCCGGGGAGAGCACAGGCAGCGACUCUUCCAUAGACAGCAACCAAGAGACCGGCUCUCUUGCCAAUGGCACUGUGGAUGGGAGAAUGCAAGAAGUCGGCUGACCAUUCUUGAAUAUAAUAAAGACACGAUGCUUCGUGAUAAAGAAGAAAAGCGUUUGGGUGCACGAAUGUGCCAUUUCAUCCACUUGACUUGAAAGUGCAACGUUAGGAUUCACGGGGUGUGUUUUAAAACCCAGCGAGCUGCCUACCUAGACAUCAAGUUUCGGCCAAAACUACGGCUCUCUGUAAAAAUUUUGAUUGCAGCCUUAAGUAAAAUCAAAAUGGUGCCAAAGUUACAACCUGCACGUUUUCAGCUAAUUCUUUUUUUAAUGUUUUUUUUUUUUUUGUGGUAACCUCAAUGGAUGAAAAGACGAAUGUAAUGCAAACAUUUGAGUUCAGCUGAUUCAGAGUGCACACAAAAUGCUGUUGGUAGGCAGCUCACUAGGUUUUGAGACACAAGCCAUGGAGAUGUUUGUGGAUUUAACAGACACUUGCACAAUAAUCCCUCAUUAGGGGUCUGGAUGGAAGCACCAGAGUUGCUCUGCGCAAUAAGACGCUUACAGUCUCUACUUAACCUCUCUAUGCUGUAAGAGGUUUUAGGAAUGAUCUUGUUUACCUAAGAAGUUUCCCUCAAAGAAAUGCUUUUUUCUGUUUCUCAUUUUCUUUCUUUCUUUCGAAAGAAGUGGUGUCUAAACUAACUAAAUAAUGAGUUACAAAACUUAUUCCAUUUGCCCCCCCCCCCUCCCCUUUUUUAAUUUUGCACUGUGGUGGAAUUCAGACAAGUGUUGUUAUUAUUUAUGUCCAUAAUAUAUAUGUUCUUGCAGACAUAAAUGUUUUAUCUUUGCUGUGCAAAAGAUACUAUUUUCCUGAUGUACAGAGAUGUAUAUAUUAAAUACAUAAUGUGUAAACAAAAUGCAUUAUUUUUUAAACAAUGUGGUUUGUUUCUGUGAACACCAAUAAAAUUGUAAAAUGUA